UGAAAACGUAAUUCAUUUCAAAGAUAGACAUGCCUUAUAUAAAGCAAGAUUGCUUGCCAUAGCGAGCCAUCUCCCGGGUUUGUUAUCGGUCUGCACUGACGGGGGUGACAGAGGAAUCCUAAUGUUAAACAUGGGUUUCAGCAAAAAGCUUAUUUGGAUUUUCCUGAUGUGGAUCUGUUGUAACCUACGUAUGACAUGCUCACAAUACACUGAGGGUGUAAAACAGAGGAAACCGUUUUUCGAACGCUUUCGGCGUCUGGAAGAGCAGUUCCGCCGAUUUCAAGAAAUUAGCUUGACACGUUUGCAAAUAAUUUCUGAGAACUUCAAUGCGUCUUCUAACCUGGACGUUCGCCUUCAAUUGCUGACAGAGCAAUACAAUAAUAUCUCGGCAAUGAUGCAGGGCUUCCAAACGGUUACAGAAAACGACAUCAGGAGCUUGAAAUCAUGGAUCAAAAAACUACAAAAGGAAACCAGGAAGAUUGACCUGAAAAUGUCAACCUUGGAGAAAGUCCUCAAUGAGCGAAGCAAGCAAAUCUUAAAAGACAAGAAAGUACAGAGCGAGAUCACGUCUAACCUGACAGCCGAAGUAAAACAUCAGAGGAAUGAAAUCAAUUCUUUGGCUGCGGGCAAGAAGAAACUGCAAAAGGAAAUAGAGAGCAUUCAAGAAGUUGUUAAGGGGCAACAUAUUAAGAUAGCAAGGUUUCAGGAACAGAUGAAGAGUGCUUUGCAGAAUGACGCGCUCUUGGCCAAACCCAGUUCCGUCGACUUGUCAGAGCCGCGAGUCCACCAUGCCAAGUCCUUUAACCAGUCGCCCAGGGGCAAGCAGCGAAUGCCCAGAAAAGAAGGGUCAAUCUGUAAUGUGAAAUCAAUGAUGCAUUUUCCCAAUUCUUCCAUUGAAAAUUAUGCAACUUUCAGCAGAGGCUUUUCAACUGGGCUCUUUGAAAUGACUAUCUGCUCUUGGAUCAGCACCAAUUCAAAUUACUUGGGAACCAUAUUAUCCUAUGCCACAGAAGAUAAUGACAACAAAUUGGUACUGCACGGCAGAAAUACAAGCAAACAAAGCACUAUUCAUUUCGUAAUUGGAGAUCCAGCAUUCAGGGAACUUCCUGUGAUUCCACUCUUAGAUGGCCGCUGGCAUCAUGUCUGCAUUAUAUGGUCUUCCUUUGAGGGUAGAUACUGGUACUAUAUAGACAGACGUCUGAUAGCAGCUGGAUCCAAAUUUCAAAAAGGAUAUGAGAUUCCAGCUGGUGGAAUACUUAUAAUAGGUCAGGAACAGGAUAAAAUGGGAGGGGGAUUUGAUAAUACUGAGUCCUUUGUGGGAAGUUUGGCUGGAUUUACAAUUUGGAACCGUGCUUUGUCUCCUGGGGAAAUCUCGGGCAUUACUACAGGAAAGGCAUUACCUGGAGGCAGAGUUUUAACUUUCAAUGAUAUUUCCACUCUCAGUGGUGCUAUUCAGCAUUUUAAUUGUACAUGCCUAGAUGAUUGUUAUUAA